AAGAAUGAAUUUCUCAAAACUCCAAGCACCGAGGAUGAGUGGAGAGACGUCGUUGCUGGUUUCAGUAGAAACUGGAACUUUCCAAACUGCGUUGGAGCGAUGGAUGGAAAGCAUGUGAUAAUUACUAAGCCAGCAAACACGGGAACAGUUUACAGAAACUACAAGAAGAGCUUUAGCAUUAUACUGUUUGCCGUGGUCGAUGCGAACUACAAAUUUUUGUACACGGAUGUUGGUGCGCCAGGGUCACAGGGAGAUGCGGGCGUCUGGCAAACUACGCCUCUGCAAGCACACUUGUCAAACAUGUCGGCUGGUCUUCCGGAACUGGUCAAGGUGGGAAGCUUGCCUGAUCUGUACUUGCCACCAGUUUUCGUCGGUGAUGACGCGUUUCCUCUUGGAAGAAACUUGAUGAAACCGUUUGGGGAACGUUCGUUAUCAGAAGAGAAGAGAAUAUUUAAUUACAGGUUAUCCAGGGCUCGGCGUGUAGUUGAGAGCACCUUUGGAAUACUUGCGAAUAGGUUUAGAUUUCUGCACACCGUGAUUGACGCUGAGCCAAAACGGGUGACAUCAAUGGUGAAUGCAGCAUGCGUAUUGCACAACUUCCUCGCCAAUGAAUUGAACGCAGCUGACUCGUGUGCCGACACAACGCCUACUGCAACUCUGUUCUCUACACAGCCUUAUUCUCGCGGACGAGUAAGUGCUGUUGGCUCCGCCGUACGUGACAGCCUAUGCGAAUUUUUGAAUGGCAGGGGUGCUGUGUCAUGGCAGCGUACGUCAGCCCACUUGGAGGCCGAUGUAUACAGAAGGCCAUAAGAUUACGCAAAGAUAGUGCAAGAUGCACAUGCGUUGUCAUAAAAUAAAGUUGUUGAAAAAUAAAAUGCGGUUUGUUUAGUUGAA